UUCUCGUCGCAACGCAAGUGCUGGUGAAAUCGUUGUGGCAGAAGUCUAUUUUAAGUGAAUAAAUCGUUUGUUGUGCUCAUGUUCGUAAUUCCAAAACGUUCGUCGAGACUAAAAGACUUCUGCUAAGCUUUCGAGCAAAGAAUAAAAUGAAAAAUACUAUUUUCCACAAAAACAUAGCGUAGCGAUUGUGAACAGCGUAAAAAGAAGAAAGCAAAGAUCUGCUUCUGUUUCUCACUCUCUCGGAAUUGCGCUCUCCGCUUUCAAUGAUCAAUACAUUUACAGUUUGUUAUUAUUUGUUUUUCAUUUUGCCUUUUGUUUUGCACGCUCUCAGUAACCGCGAGACGACUUUCUCAAAUUGCAAGUGUAAAAAUUUAUUAAAACGAAGUAGUGGGCAAGGCGAACUGCAUUGCAAAUGGUAGUGUGUGUGUCUAAAUUUGGCGUUAACAAGAGUUAGCUUAUUACACCGAACCCCUGGGAUUUUUAAAAAUUGUUUCUGCAUUUUGUCAUCAGCAUGUUCGGCUUGACGCUUUGAGCUAGGAAAAAAAACGCGCAUUGAAAUUCGUAACAUGGAUGCUCAGUUUGAGCACUUGUGCCGCAUUUGCGCUGCCAACACGAAAAGCAAGACGAAUUCCGUGGUCGAAAGUGUGUUUAUUUUUAAAACACAGGGACUGAAGGAUAAAAUAUCUCGACACCUUUAUCUAAAUGUAGCUGAAGAAGAUCCUCUGCCAAAAGUGCUCUGCAAAUCUUGUUACCGCCAGGUAGAGGCCACGGCGUCGCUGUCAAAUAUAGCAAAACACACUCAGCUUGUGUUUCGGGACUUUCUCCUUAGUACACUGCCUAAGAAUGCGAGGGAAGCGGCUGCCGCACGGCUGAGCGUUCCAGCAACCAAAAUCCCACACCGAUACGACGAGGUCCAAGCGGAAAUUGAUCAAUUUCGCCCCAUUUUGCUGACCCGCGUGCCGGAGUCCAGAAACACCGCAUCCAAGCCUCAACCAGACAGUUGCGUAGAGCUUGCUCCAAAAACCGGCGAAAACUACUUGGCUGCGUCUUUCUCAUCCUCUUCUCUGAGCAAACCCGCUGGAUCAGUAAAGAACUAUAUGAACACUGGGCGUCGCAACAGCGUUUUUACAGACACUAGGUAUGGAUCGGCCCCACUGUCUAUCGCACAACGAACUAUGCAGUGUCUGCCUUCUUUGGUGCCCCUAAAUACGGAGUCAUUGGGUAGCAACGCAAUGAGAAAGAGCCCAGACUCAAAACCAUCGCCGACAGGAGUAAUAAACUUCAUCCAGACUCAUGGGCGCAUCACAGGUAAUAUACCUGAAGUCCAAACAGAGGACAAUACCGGAAACAUCAACCUGACAGAUAGCAGAAACACGGUUACAGCUUCCGUUCUUAGCAAUCCAGGAACGAAAUCUCAGGACAGUAAUUUGUUUCUGCAGAAAAGUAGAAAUCUUAAAAACACAUUAAACAACAUUAAAGCCAUGCGUAGCGGACAGGUAUCACUGCUUAAGUGUUCGCAAAAUCGAAACCCUAUUGAUGAUGUUAGACCACUGGUCACAACUACACUGGUACCCCAAUACGGGGGUGAACCUUCCGUAGAGGAAGCACUGCCAGAGCACAUGAUCUUUGCGGCGCCAAAAAAGAAGAGGGAGGAUGAAGAACAAUUUCAUCAAACGGCUCUGCCAAAGCUGAAGAAAACUGUGCCAAGCCAAUCUAAGACAAAGGCGACAACCCUCGACUUAACUAUAUCGGUUGAUUCGCAUGGUUCACCCCCGUCAACGUCAAUUUCUAAUGUUAAAAGCCUCACUGAUGCAAUUUUCCUGGGAAGCGUUAUUAGGGAUCCAGACUUGUUGAUGCUUAUUCUCAAGGCUCUGAAAUGGCCGGUGACAGCAGAAAACUGCGAUGAGCAAAUGUCCCGCUUAAAAAGUUCAAAGUUUGCUGUUAUAAUGUCAGACACAAACCUUCUUCAAGACACAGAUCUCACACAACUUUUAGGUCCAUAUUUGGCCCCAAUGCUGCCUGUGGUUCAGCAGCAAGAUCAGCCUCCACUUUCCUCAGCUAUCGCGUCUGCUUCUUCAAACACUUCAUCGCAGGCGACUAAAGAUGUACUUAAGCUUGCUGACUUAUCCAGUGCAAUGCCUUAUAAACUUCCACCAGAAACGUCGGUUCAAUUAGUGCCUUCCAGUCCCACGGAACAGGAACCGCAGCCACUGCGUCACAAAAAGACGGUUAGCGUUCCAACUUUCAAACGCCAUCAACGAAAGAUGAGUGCCCUUGAUUUACCUGCUGUUGACAACACCCGCGCCACAAUGUCGGUAUCGACUUCAAAGGCAGCUUAUGUCAGCAACGAACUAUCGAGUAUCAACUCUGUGCUUUUUUCGCAGUUCGAAUCAAAUCCGGCCGACGCUAUUAAUGAAGCGUUAAUGUCCCUCAUUAAGCAGCAACAACAAGAAACAAAAGACCAGCGAAAAACUCGUCAGAGUUGUAUUGGCUCUGACAGUGCCGUUAAUUUAGAAGACAUUGUACUGGUCGAUCCCCAACCGCCCCUUGAAGUCGAUCCGCAGGAUGUGAAGUACCUUGAGGAUGACUACGUCUCUCCGCAGUCCCAGCCCGGAUCCAAAUACAAUUUUAAAAGGCGCAAAACAGACAAUCGGUCAUCAGAGCCGUCUGAAGUCAUUGUGCUCGAUAACAGUGGAUCCCCAAAUUUAAAGAAUUCAAAAGAAAUAUGUCUAAGUACGAAACAGAUUUUAUCCAGAGAAACAAAGAAAAGUGCGGUAAUUGUUAGAAAAGAAUCUUUGGGUCAGCUAACGCAGGCACCCACAAGUACCGUCCCGGAAGACAUUUGCGAUCCUAAGGCCAGGGCCAUUAAUGCGAAAGAAAAUCCCGAAGUGUGUGAACCAGCCCCGGACAAUGGAGCUAGCGACGAUAUUGAUGAUAGCAAAGCAGGCUCGGUAUCCGUUCGGAAGUCGGAAGUCAAAGCUGCGCUCGGACAAAAGCUUUUGGAGGCGAUUGGACUUUCUCAAAUGGGAACCGAUGCAGCGCCUGAAAACUCCCGCGACACCCUCAGGAGUGCGCUAAAGCGCUCUAUAAAACAGGCCCAGGAACAACAGCUGCAGCUGAAGCGAGGCAAUCAUGAAGAACCUGUGAAGCAAAUGGCCGAUUCCACAACUAAGCUAAGUGCAGCAGAAUCGGCAGAUGAGCAUAAAAAAGCAAUUGCCGAGCGUGAGCUGGCCCUACUGAAUCGUGGACUUAAAGCAGGAGAAGAAAACACGAUUCCCCUAAAAGAUGAUAAGUCGGAGCGAACUGAUGUUAGUUCUUCAUCAUCAAGAAACCGCCGAGGCCGUAAAUUAAAGAUUAAUGCUAACGUCGAGGAUUUUGGCGAUGAAGAAAAAAAAGACUUUAGAUGGGAUGAAGACGAUGACUUGCCUUUAAAGGCAGAUACGGAAAAACCUUCAGAACGGAGCAGCAGCAACACCCGACCGACGCGUACUAGCAAAACGUUAUCAAAGUAUUAUAAAGGACCAACUUCUAAAUCACAUCAUGGCAUGGGUACACGCUCGACACGACAGCGCUGAGAUAUGAUAUAUAUCCUUUAUAUAAAAUAUGUGGUUUUAUUUUUGGAAAAUAUCAAAUACAUAUUUUACGUCCCUCUAAGAUUCACAUGUAAUUGUGUACAAUGUACACUCCCAUUUAAAAACUAGUAUACUUGUAUUAACAUUAUAAAAAGCAAUGACUGGAGUCUAUACACGAAAAUGAGUCAAGAAUAGUACAACUAUUUAAAGAGUAACACGAUUUGGUUCAAACAAUUUCCUUACGUAUGUACAUCGAUUAAUUAUUCAGCGCUUACGUUUUCUUUUGAGAUAAGUUUUGAACAUAUAAUGUACCUUCUGCUGUCUGUUAACAUAAAAUCCAGAAUAUGCCUUUAGAAAGCAGAACGGAAGAUAUUUAUUUGGUUUACAGUCUUUAAUCUAAGCUGUAUUUUUAUAGUUUUAAUUAAACUUUUGUUUUUAAUUAUAACGGUGUGUAUAAUAAUCAUUAUAAUUUAUGUAAAUAAAUAAUGAUGCUGAAAAUUAAGCAAUAAACAGUCUUUGAUAGUU